AUGACGCGGCGUGAGUCAUGGUCACAUACCUGGCGCGUGACGGGGAAACCUUCCGUCGCAGAUGCGCCAGGUAAUAUGCAGAGAUUCGAGAUGAACAAGCUACGCUUGAUAGCGACUAUCCUCUUUAGUUUUAUUUUAGGAGCGACUGCAUUCAGUUACAAAGAGGCUAAGAACUGGGGGAAAAAAUAUCCGCAAUGUAAUGGAGAAUUCCAAUCCCCCAUAAGUUUCGUGGAACCCAUCGCGGGUCAGGGUUUUCCAGAAAUAAAUGAACCACUAAAGCGUACAGACUUUGAUCAAUUACCAAAAAAAAUAACCAUGAAGAAUACUGGUCACACUGUGGAAAUAAAAGCUGAAUGGUCUGGAAAACCUCCAAGGUUUACUGGUGGACCGCUUCAUAGUGAAUACGUAUUUGAAAAAGCCACUUUUCAUUGGACUCAAAAAAAGUCCGGUAUGGGUCCUGGCCCCUCUUACUAUGACAUUAUCGAAAAAAAUGUACAUAAGGUGGAAUCUAUAAAUUCAUCAGCAGUGAUACCCUCCUUUCCCAUAGCAAGUAUUUUUAAUGAUAAACGUCAACGUUUUCUAUUUUACGAAGGCUCAUUGGAAUAUCCACCUUGCUAUGAAUCUGUGACUUGGUUCGAAGAUAAUAUUUUUUCGCCUAUUAGUGACGCUCUGCUAAGGGGAUUCAGAAAAGUAAAGUUGGCCGAGGGAGACUUGUCCAAUAUUAGACCUCUCCAGGAAUUAAACAAUCGGCAAGUUAAGACAGUGUCUAAUUUGCAAAAUAUGUGA